GCAAUAUAUCCACCAGUGACGCGAAUUCAUGCGGAAUUCAGAAUAAUCACGUUUUUCCCGAACCUUUAAUCCUCUUUGCUUUUUCUCUAAUCAGGAAAUUUGUAAAUAUUCCUAUACAUUUUUUGUUUCUAUCCACGUUCUGCUUCUCACUCUACAUCCUACUUCACACUCAUCUAACGUACUACCAUCGAGUACUUUUUAUAUAAUUCUCUUUUCUCUCGAUUUUGUACAAAACUGUUUUUAUAUAUAUUUUUUUAUAUUAUGUAAGGUAGAUUAUAUCGGUAGUAUUAUAAGACGAAUUCCCUUCUCACAUAUACAAUAAUAACGUUUCCUUUUUAUCGUAUUACGUUAGAAAUCAUAGAAUAGAGGGAAAAAUAUAAUUAUACACACGUGUGUGUGUGUGUGUGUGUGUGUGUUCUCUGCGUACGUAAUUGAUUGUUGCAAAGAGGGUCGGCACCCCUCUUACUCCUUAAUACAACGCAAUUCUGGAUUACGUAUAGCGGUGCGAUAGAGAUGUGCCGAACACUGGAACACAUGGGCCCAACGCAAUUUCUAAGAUGUAUUUUCGCGAACGUGUAAUGCUCCUAAAAAGAGACAUUUUUUAUUUAUAUAUAAAAAAAGGUAUACACGCACGCACGCACGCGCGCGCACACGCACACGCACGCGUGUGUAUGUAUGUAAACAUAGAAUGUUUUUAACGAAUUAAAUGUAUCUUCACACGACUGCCUUUGUAUUUGUUAAAGCCACGAAAUAUCUGCCAAAUAGCGAAUGACGAAAAUAUCAAGAAACGUUCAAAUGUAAUAUUUUCUUCCUUUUUCUUUUUAUAAUAGUAUACCCUAAAGGUUGGAUACGAGCUAAGACAAUAAUAACGUGCGAUAGAAUUUUCUAUUCUACUUUUAAGUACUAUCGCGCGAACUGACGAAUUGAUAUUUUCGCUCGGAAUAAACUAUCAUCGAACGUCGUACACGUCGAAAAUCGUACACUACGCAAACGGUGUAAUAGGUAAAGAGACUAUAAGGAAACCGAACAUUGUUAAACGAACGUGUAAUCAUUGUGUUCAAAAUUAAACGAUAUCCGCUCUGCGACUCAGCGAUUUUUCACUAUGUAUUAAGCGAGAGGAAGAGAAACGCGAGAGACGAAUAGAUAAGUUACACGCUCCAAUUUACAGUUAUCUACGACAAGUUAGAGAAACUCCCAAUUACUACGAUAGAUCUUGUUAUUCCUUUAUAUCUUGUAAAAAGUACUGAGUUUUAUUAGUAUUAACUAUUCCAUAAACUGAGAAUUUGUUCGAUCCUAUCAUAAACCUGCCUUUUCUCCUCCCUAAUCGUCCCUUUACUUCCGAUACCCUGAUCCUCAUAUUUUUUAUAAAUAAGUUAUGUCUUUUUAAAACAGAUGUAAUAAUAAAGAUUAAUCUAACAUCCACAAUAGGGUUGUUGUUCUGUUCUAUCGUGCUAUGCUUCCGUGUUUCAUUCCUUGAUCUUGUAACGAUGUAAACAUAAAUACCAUCUUUUUCUUUAGUAUGUUGCAACAGAUUUUACACAACAAUCAAAUUGUAUUAUAGCAAUAAAAAAUAAAAAAAUGUGAAAAUUU